CCAGGCGUGGGUGGGAGCGGGUGCACCCCGGGGAGGAAUGUAGGCUGGGAGGGGCCGUGACUCCAGCACGGACAUUUGCGGCACAGUCACCACUCUGCCGGCAGCCGCCACCCAGCAUGGCCGAGAAGCCCCAAAUCCAGCUCUUCGUCAAGGCAAGUGAGGAUGGGGAGAGCGUGGGCCACUGCCCCUUCUGCCAGCGGCUCUUCAUGGUCCUGCUGCUCAAAGGGGUGCCCUUCACCCUCACCACCGUGGAUGUGAAGAGGGCACUGGAUGUGCUGAAAGACUUCGCACCGGGCGCCCAGCUGCCUGUUUUGCUCUACAAUGGUGAGCCCAAGACCGACACUGUCACCAUCGAGGACUUCCUGGAGGACAAGCUGGGCCCCCCCAUGUUCCCCAGCCUGGUACCACACUACAGGGAGUCAAGCCUGGCCGGGAAUGACAUCUUCCACAAGUUCUCCACCUUCAUCAAGAACCCAGUGCCUGCCCAGGAUGAGGCGCUGCGGCGGAGCCUGCUGCGGGCCCUGCUGAAGCUGGACGAGUACCUGAGUGCCCCGCUGGAGUACGAGCUGGCCCACGACCCCCACCUCCAGGCUUCCCAGCGCCGUUUCCUCGACGGGGACCAGCUCACAUUAGCUGACUGCAACCUGCUGCCCAAGCUCAACAUCGUUCAGGUCGUGUGCCAGCAUUACCGCCACUUUGGGAUCCCCAAGGACCUGCGCGGUGUGUGGCGCUACCUUAGCGGUGCCAACGAAACCAAGGAAUUCAAAUACACCUGCCCCAACAGCGAGGACAUCGUACAAGCCUAUCGCUCCGUGGUCCGGUCACCGCAGUGAGCCAGGCACGUGCCCAGGUGGGCACAGGACCAGGGUCGGGCAGCAGGCCAGUGCCCGCCCCUGGUCCUGCUACAACCACCACAGUCCUGCCUGCAUGCACUUGGGAAGGCAGAGAGCAUGAGCUGUGCCCCUGGCACCCAAAUUCCCCCAGCUGGCACCCCUGCCUGAGGUGCUGGCAGCAAUCUACAUCACACCGAGCCCACAAAUGCGUUCUUGCCUCUUGUGCCACCCUCCCUGCCUGGCCCUGACCCCCUCGACCUGCCCUCAAGCAUCAGGAUGGGUGCAAGGGGGCCGCAGCCACUGUCUGUACCAAAGCUGGGCAAUGCUGAGGGCAAGGGAAGGAGCUGGGAGGGAAAGCUGCCCAGAGCAGAGGGCUGCGGAGCACAGAGGGCAGGCACUGCAGCGAGCAUACCUGCAGCCUGCCUUGGAGGCGCACUGUGCCACCUGCCAGGUGAGUGACCCAAGGCAGGGCUGUGCCAGGGCAGCAGGCACCACAGGAUGCCCCCGAGGAGCUGCACCGGGGAGGGGAACCAGCACAGCCUCUGCAGAGCCCCAGGAACGGAGCCGGGGGACGCUGCAGGUGGUGGGCACUGCCCGGCCCCCGUCGCACUGGCUGAGGGGAGUGGAGGGCACCAUCCCCCCAGAACCCACCGUUAGGAAGCUCUCAGGAGCAGAUUUGGGAGAGGGAUGGGGGUGAAGUGGGGCAAGUCCAAGCCAUGUAUCAGAGCUCCCAGAAAUCAAUAAAGGCUUUGCAAGCAAGA